UCUCAGACGGCGGCCCUUCGUCACGCAAAGGCACCGAAACGAGCACGCCAAUACGCGAAGCUCAAGCCCGAAAUAAAGCUCCGAAUCUAAACCCACCUCCUCCAUGGCCUGAUCCCAUCGCUCGAUCGAACCCACGGCCGCGCCGCCUCCCGAUGGGCCUCCUCAGCUCCCUGCGGCCGCAUCGCCGGGGCGCCGCCCUCUCCGGCGGCGGGCAGUGGCAGUGGUCCUUCCUCGACGCCGUCUGGGCGGUCUUCCUCGUGGCCGUCGUCGUCUUCCUGGCGCUCGUCUUCACGCCGCGCCGCCCCGCCCUCCCCCGCGCGGUGCAGCCGUGCGCCGCCUCGGAGGUGGACCUCCUCCCCUGCGAGGACCCGCGCCGGAGCUCCCGCCUCAGCCGCGAGAUGAACUACUACCGCGAGCGCCACUGCCCCGCGCGGGGAGAGGCCCCCGCCUGCCUCGUACCGCCGCCGCAAGGCUACCGCGUGCCCGUGCCCUGGCCCGAGAGCCUCCACAAGAUAUGGCAUGAUAACAUGCCUUAUGGUAAGAUUGCCGAAAGAAAAGGUCAUCAAGGGUGGAUGAAGCAGGAAGGCUCAUACUUUAUUUUUCCUGGUGGUGGAACUAUGUUUCCUGAUGGAGCUGAACAAUACAUCGAAAAGCUUGCCCAGUAUGUUCCACUCAAAAGUGGCCUCCUGAGGACAGGUCUUGAUAUGGGUUGUGGGGUUGCUAGCUUUGGUGGAUUUCUGCUCAAAGAGAAUAUCAUGACACUUUCCUUCGCCCCAAGAGAUUCACAUAAGUCUCAAAUACAAUUUGCGUUGGAAAGAGGAAUUCCUGCAUUUCUUUUGAUGUUGGGCACACGCCGUCUUCCAUUUCCAGCACAGUCCUUUGAUUUUGUUCAUUGCUCCCGAUGUUUGAUUCCUUUUACUGCCUACAAUGGCAGUUAUUUGAUUGAAGUUGACCGUCUACUUAGACCAGGAGGAUACCUGAUUAUAUCCGGACCCCCUGUGCAGUGGAAGAAGCAAGAGAAGGAAUGGAGUGAACUUCAAGCAAUGACACAGUCUUUAUGUUACAAGUUGGUUACUGUAGAUGGUAACACUGCCAUUUGGAAGAAACCUAACCAGGCUUCAUGUCUUCCUAACCAAAAUGAAUUUGGCCUUGAUUUGUGUAGUACUGAUGAUGAUCCAGAUGAAGCAUGGUACUUUAAACUGAAGAAAUGUAUUACUAAAGUUUCUCUGGCGGAAGAAAUAGCUGUCGGUUCCAUUGAUAAGUGGCCAGAUAGGUUGUCUAAACCUUCUGCUAGGGCCUCCCUGAUGGAUGGCGGAGCAAGCUUGUUUGAAGCAGAUACUCAGAAGUGGGUCAAAAGAGUAUCAUAUUACAAGACAUCGCUUGGUGUGAAGCUUGGGACUGCACACAUACGCAAUGUCAUGGACAUGAGUGCAUUCUUUGGAGGAUUGGCAGCUGCUGUAGCAUCCGAUGAUGUGUGGGUUAUGAACGUUGUUCCUGGUCAAAAACCGUUGACACUUGGAGUAAUAUAUGACAGGGGCCUCAUUGGAGUUUAUCAUGACUGGUGUGAGCCUUUCUCAACAUAUCCUCGUACCUAUGAUCUUAUUCAUGCUGAUGGAAUCAAUUCUUUGAUAAGCGACCCAAAGUCUGGAAAGAGCAGAUGUGACCUGUUUGAUGUCAUGUUGGAGAUGGACCGCAUACUGCGCCCAGAAGGAACUGCUAUUAUACGGGACUCCCCAGAUAUGAUCGACAGGGCUGUACAGGUAGCUCAGUCGAUUCGGUGGACUACCCAGGUGCAUGACAGUGAGCCUGAAUCAGGUAGUACUGAAAAAAUACUUGUAGCUACGAAAACAUUUUGGAAGCUACCAUUAACAUCAGGAUAGUUUAGUUGUAUCCACGCUUACAACUUCUCUUCUCCUCCCCUUUAGAUUCCCCUAAUUUUGAGUCCUUUGGGGAAUGGGGUGGAUGGAUUAACACCUAUCAGGUUAAUACGGAAAUAGCUUUAUCUUCUACAGCAUUGUUUGUUCUUUAGUAUUGAAUUAGGUACUUAGGUGUGGUGUGAUUCUUUCAAUGUAUUUUGUGGCUCUCCCCUCUUCCGUUUGGCAUGAAAUUUCGGAUUGAUAUUCUUUAGAGGUUGACUGUCCCUUGUGAAAA